AUGGACAACUACAAUUCAACAGCUUGUGGCGAUGGCCUCUUUGGACCCAGCGUCUGGACUGAGGGCUGUCGCGGCGGAUUCGACUUCACUUUAUCCUUUCAAGAGAGUAUCUUGAAUAUCAUUCCAUCCGCCCUUUUUCUGGUAAUUGCUGGACCACGAGCUUUCUAUCUACUCAAAAGCCCGGACAGGACCAAGCGUCACGCGACCUACACGCCCAAGCUUAUCACUUCGGCUGUAUAUGCAGCUCUGCAAGUCGCUUUGGUCGCCCUGGUCCCUUCUGUAAAGCAGCUCAACACUCGAUUCUCACUCGCAGCAGCUAUUCUUAAUCUCCUAGCUGCCUUCACAAUUCUUCUCGUAGCUCAUGCCGAGCACGUCAAGUCCGUCCGACCAUCGUUUCUUCUUACUGCCUAUUUGUUCGUCUCGCUAUUGUUUGACGCUGCUCGACUUCGAACAGAAUGGCUACUCUCUAUCAACAUUGCUUACGCAGCAACCCUGUCAUGCUCAACGGUUUUCAAGUUGGCCCUAUUAGUACUAGAAACAAUCGAGAAGCGCAGUAUCUUGAUUUCAGACGACAAAGGCCUUUCCAGGGAGAGUACAAGCGGCCCCUUCAGCCGUGGGUUCUUCGUCUGGUUGAAUUCACUGCUCAUCUCAGGCUGGGCCACUGUUUUGACCAACAAUGACCUUCCCACCAUUUACGAGAAGCUAUCUUCAGAAAAGCUUGCAGUUCGCUUCGGGAAAGCUUGGAAGAAAGCAACUUCGAACAGCAAAAAGCCUUCUCUGUUCUUGACUAUCAUCAGUGUUUUGAGAUGGGAACUUUUAGGAAUAAUGCCUCCUCGUAUUGGAAUGAUUGCCUUGAGCAUUUCUCAGCCUUUCCUUGUCAGCAGUGCCCUACGCUUUCUCACCAUGCCAGAAUCCGAGUCGACUAUGAACCUGGGCUAUGGCUUGAUUGGCGCAUUUGCCUUCGUUUUCAUCGGUUCCGCGAUUCUCACAGCAUGGUACGAACACCUUACAUUCAGAGCUGGUGCUAUGGUCCGUGGUGGCCUUAUCACCAUGAUUUAUGGCAAGAUGAUGAAGCUUCCUAUCGAUGACCUCAAUGAGUCCUCAGCCGUAACCCUUAUGGGUAAUGAUGUUGAAACACUGAUUGAGAAACUGCACUUCCUCUUGGUAGAGUCUUGGGCGAACUCACUAACUGUAGGAAUCGCCAUGUACAUGCUGGCAGCACAACUCGGCGCCGUUUGCGUUGCGCCCAUUGUCACAGCAAUCAUUUGCCUAUCGCUAUCAGGCUCUAUUGGCAAGAUGAUGGUCGCGCGCCAAAUCCAAUAUCAGAAGGCCACCCAGAGCCGAAUCAAUCUCACUUCUGAGGUUCUUUCUUCUAUGAAGCCGGUCAAGAUGCUUGGGCUUUCAGAGCGAUUCAAGGAUAUUGUUUCUCAGAAACGAGACGACGAGAUCAACGCUGGUAAACACUACCGUCUCAUCCAAGUUUGGCUCAACUGCAUCACAAACUGCAACGUCGGUAUGACCGAGGCAAUUACCUUUGGUGCCUAUGCCAUCGCAGCCAAGCUAGGCAACGGCGAGCCCUUUUCUGCAGCCCAGGCUAUCACAGCACUGUCAAUCUUGAGCGUUAUGAUGGACCCCCUAUCGAGUCUUCUUGGAAGCAUCCCUGGAUCUUUCUCAGUCUUUGGCUGCUUCAAGCGAGUGGAAGAGUUUCUCAAAUUGGAAGAAAGAAUGGAUCGCCGUCAGAUCCAUGGUUGCUCUAAAGACUCUUUCAGUCUCUCUGAUCAGCACUCGGACCAUUUGCAGGAAACUUUUGAAGCAACUCCCAUGAAAAGUUUACCGAUCGGAGCUGAUGGGACACGAAUCGUGAUCGCAGAUGGCAACUUCAACUGGGGCGAGAAAGCUGUACUUGAGAACAUUAACACUUCCUUUCCAGGGCAUAAGAACGGAUCGCUUACUAUGCUAGUUGGCCCAGUCGGUUCAGGCAAGUCGAGCUUGCUCAAGGCAAUCCUAGGCGAAACGACUUCCUCCAACGGCCAUGUCUCUCUGAACUCAUCCGAGGUGGCCUUUUGCGACCAGACUCCGUGGGUUAUGAACGCUACGAUCCGCGCCAACAUUAUUGCAGAGUCCAAGGGAUACGAUAGCGCCUGGUUUGACACAGUUGUUAAUGCGUGUGAUCUUACUACCGACUUGGGGCGAUUGCCUGAGGGCGAUCUUACACAGGUUGGCGAGCAGGGAGUUAAGUUAAGCGGAGGACAGAAGCAACGAAUUGCCAUUGCUCGUGCCGUGUACUCGAGGAAGCCGAUAGCUAUUUUUGACGAUGUCUUUAGUGGACUUGACAAGGUCACGGAGCAGAUCAUCUUUACACAAGUCUUUGGGAAAGGUGGAGUCCUUCGAACGAAUAGGACUACUAUUGUCUUGGCUACCCACGCAGUGAACAGGUUAACCGAGUCGGAUUUUGUUGUCGUUCUUGAAAAGGGUGGGAAAGUUGUUGAGCAGGGCACCUUUCCUGACCUACGCUCUGGAGGAGGAUAUAUCCAGAACCUCGACAUUUCAAGCCACGAUGAGAACAACGACCAGCAGUCAACCGAUACCAAGCCUACAGAAGAGGGCGAUAAGGCCGAAGUCAAGAGUCAGGUCCAAGAUGAUCCGGUUGAAAUCCCAAGUGACCGAAGUGUUUUCAUGUACUAUUUCAAGUCCAACGGUCUGCACAAUAUGGCCCUCCAGGCAUUCUUCAUCGCAAGCGGAGGAGUCAUUACAGCCUUCCGAUAUGUCUGGAUCACCUGGUGGGGUGACGGCAAAGGACGUCCCAGUACUGAUCUUGGCUACUGGAUGAGUAUUUAUACCGUCAUGUCUGCGUUCGAAGGAGUCUUCAUUACGCUGGCCAUCGCGAUGUUUCUCUUGGUUUGUGCGCCGGUCAGUGGAAGGGUGCUUCAUUCGCGACUCCUGGAGGCUGCUAUAAGUGCACCUUUGUCGUUCCUCAACAAUAGCGAGGCAGGCUCUUUGAUAAAUAGGUUCAGCCAAGAUUUGCGCCAUGUCGACAUCAUUCUUCCGAUUGCUUCAUCAGUAUUCCUUUUCGAGGUUGCCGCGUGCUUCGGCGCUGCUGGUCUUGCUAUGGCGGCCGUGAGUUGGUUUGCCAUCUCGAUACCCUUUGUCAUUGCUAUUCUCGUGGCUAUUCAGCGCUUCUACGUUCGAACUUCGAAGCAACUCCGUCUCCUAGAAAUUGAGCAUAAAGCACCCUUGUUUGGACAUUUUCUCGAGACCAUCAAUGGCCUUGCUACAAUUCGAGCUUUUGGUUGGACUCAACCGUAUACUGACAAAGUUUUAACUCGUAUCGACGAAGCCCAAAAGCCAUCAUACCUUCUAAACUGUAUUCAACGAUGGCUUACCCUAGUUCUGGACAUGGUGGUGGCCUUCCUGACAGUUAUCCUCGUUGUGUUCGCCGUCACACUUCGCGAGAAGAUCAACCCUUCACUACUAGGUAUCGCGCUGGUCAACAUGAUGAGACUUGGCACCAACAUGAAGGGUAUUGUUCUUAACUGGUCGAUUCUGGAGACUUCGUUGGGUGCCAUUGCGCGAAUCCGAAUGUUCUGUUCCGCUGCGCCGAAUGAGCAGAAGAUAGGGGAAGAUAGUGAGCCGGAAGAGCACUGGCCGAGAAAUGGUGGUCUGGAAGUACAGAAUGUGGAUGUUCAGUAUGAGCACACAAAUGAGCCCGUCCUUCGUAGACUGUCAUUCAGUAUCAAGCCCGGCCAAAAACUCGGAAUAUGCGGCAGAAGUGGCAGUGGAAAGAGUUCCUUUGUCCAGGCUUUGCUUCGAAUGGCCGAGAUUACAAACGGUCGGAUCACUCUUGACGGACAAGAUAUAUCUUCCAUACCCAGACAUCUGAUCCGUCAACGUCUGAGCUGUCUGACCCAAGAUCCGUUUGUCUUUAGCGAUACCAUCAGAGCUAAUCUCGAUCCCUGCAACACAUCUUCAGACGAAGAGAUCAGAAACGCUCUUGAGCGAGUGGGUAUCUUGGCUGUUAUUCAAGCCAAGAUCGAUGAUGGCAAGGAUCCCUUGAAUGAGAAGAUGGACGAGAACUUCCUAUCUCACGGUCAGCGACAGCUUUUCUGCCUCGCAAGAGCUCUGCUCAAGAAAAGCUCACUCCUCAUCCUCGAUGAGCCAACAAGCAGCGUCGAUACAGAGACUGACGCAAGGAUGCAAGAGGUUAUCCGCACAGAGUUCUCGGACCGGACCAUUAUCAUGAUCGCUCAUCGCAUUGAUACGCUGCUUGACUUUGACAAGGUUGCUGUGUUGGAUGCGGGCUCUUUGGUUGAGUUUGGUUCGCCUCAGGAGUUGUUGGGCGAUGAGGCGGGGGCUUUUACGAGGUUGUAUCGCGCAAAUAAGGGGACGAAGACUGAUGUUUAG